CGUCGCUCGGCCGACGUUCACCUCGACUCCGCUUUCACCUGACCGAUUCCGGCGAUUCUUGCGCGAUCCCACAGUUGGUUAUCGCCGCCGUGGUUUCGCAUCUUGCUGCGAUAUCCUCGUCAAGCUCUAUCCUCGCAGAUUGUCGCCGAGAGACGCGAUUACACGCUCGUAUCUCGCGCACCAAGGCGCAGGAUACACGCAGGGUGAGGGAGAAGAUAGGCAGAAGAGAGAAGUGCGCGCGAGAUCGCUCGGCGAGAGAUCGCUCCGGCCAGCCGAAGCUGGAUCCAGGAAGCGGACCUUCGGUUUCUCCGUCACGCGUCAUCAUCCGCUGACUAUGACCGGCUGCAUCGCGAGGAUACCGUGGACAAGGAUCUAGCAGACAGCGACAGCGUUCGCGACAGAAUGGCGAAGAAUCAGCAUCAGAACGGCGUAAUACUCGGAGGUGGCACGGUGACUGGACCGGACGAUUUUUCAGACGGUGAAAGCACUCCGCUGACUGAGGACUAUGGCGGAAGUCAACGUACGAUCGUGGAGACGAAAGGAUGGGACGUGUUCCGGAACCCACCAUCGAAGAUCGACUCGGGUUCCAUGGCAAACCAGAAGUGCCUGGAGCGAAUGAUCCAGGUGACCAAGGUCUUCGUCUAUCUGCUUGUUUUCGUCAUAGUGUUGGGAAGCGGCGUGCUGGCCAAGGGAACAAUCCUCUUCAUGACAUCGCAACUCAGACACAGCAAAAAAGUCGAUUACUGCAACAAACAACUAGAUCGGAAUCUCGAAUACAAAGUAACGCUGCCCGAGGAGGAGAGAAUCGCGUGGAUAUGGUGCAUAAUAAUCGCGUUCGCAGUGCCGGAAUUCGGCACGAUGGUACGCAGCAUUCGCAUGUGCAUCUUCAAAUCGUGGAAGAAGCCGCAACCGGGACACUUCCUCGUGGUCUUUAUCAUGGAAACGUUUCACGUGAUAGGACUAUCUCUGAUGUUCCUGGCGGUGCUGCCGGAAGUGGACGUCGUCAAGGGUGCAAUGUUGACCAAUUGCGUGUGCUUUGUUCCUGGAUUGCUCGGCCUACUUUCCCGUAACAAAAGCAAAGGCGAGUCUAAGCGGUUUGUCCUCGUUCUCGUCGACAUCGCCGCUCUGGCCGCCCAAGUGACUAGCUUCUUUCUUUGGCCCUUGCUGGACAGUGCGAAACCAUCCUUAUGGCUAAUUCCUGUUGCAUUAAUCUUCAUAUCCUGCGGCUGGUGGGAAAAUUACGUCUCUACACAAAGUCGGAUCGCUCUAAUCAGAUCAUUGGGCCGAGUGAAAAAAGAGAUGAGACUGACACGAUACUUCACCUACAUGUUGAUGUCCAUCUGGAAGAUUGUGGCGUUCUUUAUCAGCACGAUACUGAUCCUACACAUCAAAGGUGAGAACGUCGGACAUCUCUUCACCAUGUUAAGCAGCGCCUUCGGCGAACACAAGAUCACGGUAACGUCCAACAAGUCGGUCACCAUCGGCACCUUGGCCGAUGUCCCUGGAAUUUUGACGGGCGACAUUACUGAGGUCUUCAACGCCGAGUCUAACACGCCCAUUUUUAUCCUUCUAUUGCAAAUCGCCAGCGCUUACUUCGCCUACGUCUUCGGCAAAUUUGCGUGCAAAAUUCUGAUCCAAGGCUUCAGCUACGCAUUCCCGGUAAAUCUCACCAUACCGGUAUUGAUUUCUUUGUUGAUCACUGCUUGCGGUCUUCGCGAUAGCGACCCAUGCUUGUUCCAUGGCACGAUCCCGGAUUACUUGUUCUUCGAUUCGCCGCCACCAAUAAAGUAUAUCGUCAAGGACUUUGUGUUAGAACAAUAUGGUUGGGUAUGGCUGCUCUGGCUUCUGUCGCAAACCUGGAUCACCCUACAUAUCUGGACUCCGAAAUGCGAGCGUCUCGCAGCCACCGAAAAGAUCUUCGUGGUGCCGAUGUACGACUCGCUGCUGAUAGAUCAGUCAAUGGGGCUGAACAGGAGAAGGGACGAUCAACCAGAAGUCAAAGUCGAGGAUCUGGCGGAGAUAGAGAAAGAGAAAGGUGACGGUGACUAUGAGACGAUCUACGAACAGACAGACGGCUCAACCACACCUCCAUCAGCUGUGAAGAACAGCGAUCACGUAACCAGGAUCUACGCUUGCGCUACUAUGUGGCACGAGAAUAAAGAAGAGAUGAUGGAGUUCCUUAAGAGUAUCCUGCGGCUAGACGAAGACCAGUGCGCGCGACGUGUUGCUCAAAAAUACCUCAAGGUCGUCGAUCCGGAUUAUUAUGAAUUCGAAACUCACAUAUUCUUUGAUGACGCAUUCGAGCUCGCCGACCACGACGAAAACGAGUCGCAGGUGAACAGAUUUGUGAAACUGCUGGUGGGCACGCUGGAUGAAGCCGCGUCAGAUGUGCAUCAGACGAGGAUGCAUGUGAGGGCGCCGAAAAAGUAUCCGACCCCUUACGGCGGACGAUUGGUCUGGACUCUACCCGGGAAAACGAAGAUGAUCGCUCAUCUGAAGGACAAGAGCAAAAUUCGGCACAGAAAACGAUGGAGUCAGGUAAUGUACAUGUAUUACCUGCUCGGACAUCGUUUAAUGGAGCUCCCGAUCAGCGUUGACCGCAAGGAAAUCAUCGCCGAGAACACGUACUUACUGACGCUCGACGGCGACAUCGACUUUCAGCCGGCAGCAGUGAAGCUUCUCGUGGACCUUAUGAAGAAGAACAAGAAUCUGGGCGCUGCCUGCGGUCGCAUCCAUCCGGUCGGUUCUGGGCCUAUGGUGUGGUAUCAGAUGUUCGAAUACGCGAUUGGUCACUGGCUGCAGAAAGCUACCGAGCACAUGAUCGGCUGCGUACUCUGUAGUCCUGGAUGCUUCUCGUUGUUCCGCGGUAAGGCUCUCAUGGACGACAAUGUGAUGAAGAAAUACACGACCAAGUCUGAUGAAGCGAGGCACUACGUACAGUACGAUCAAGGCGAGGACCGUUGGCUAUGCACGUUGUUGUUGCAACGAGGAUACAGAGUGGAAUAUUCAGCCGCAAGUGACGCUUACACUCACGCACCGGAAGGGUUCAACGAGUUCUACAACCAACGACGCCGCUGGGUGCCGUCCACCAUCGCUAAUAUCAUGGAUCUGCUAAUGGACGCGAAGCGCACGAUCAAAAUCAACGAUAACAUUUCACUGCUUUACAUCUCGUAUCAGAUUUUACUGAUGGGUGGUACGAUUCUGGGACCUGGCACGAUCUUCCUCAUGUUGGUGGGUGCCUUUGUGGCAGCCUUCAAAAUUGACAACUGGACCAGCUUCUAUUACAACAUUAUUCCUAUUUUGCUCUUCAUGAUCGUCUGUUUCACCUGCAAAGCGAACGUACAGCUUUUGUGCGCCCAGAUCCUCUCAACGGCGUACGCGAUGAUCAUGAUGGCAGUGAUCGUAGGCACAGCCUUGCAGCUCGGCGAGGACGGUAUAGGCUCGCCCUCGGCGAUCUUCCUCAUAUCUUUAUCAAGUUCAUUCUUCAUAGCAGCCUGUCUCCAUCCACAAGAAUUCUGGUGCAUCGUGCCUGGCAUUAUAUAUCUCUUGUCCAUUCCGUCUAUGUACUUGCUCCUCAUACUGUACUCCAUCAUCAACCUUAACGUCGUUUCUUGGGGUACUAGGGAAGUUCAAACGAAAAAGACAAAGAAGGAACUUGAGGAAGAGAAGCGACAGGCGGAGGAGGCAAAGCGCAAGGCCAAGCAGAAGUCUCUGCUAGGCUUUUUGCAAAACGGCGCGGGUACUAACGACGAUGAUCAAGGCUCCAUCGAGAUCUCUCUGGCCGGAUUGUUCAAGUGCUUGCUGUGCACACAUGGCAAGCCGUCCGCCGAGAAACAGCAACUCGUAGCGAUCGCAGAAUCAUUGGAGCAGCUCGGCAAGCGACUCGAGACCAUCGAGAGGGCGGUGGAUCCUCACGCUUCCGGUCGCAGACGCGCUUCUUCCGUUGGCUCGCGCACCGCCGAUCAUCUGGGUGCCAUCGGCGAGGAUCCCGCCGAGGACGAAGAGUGUCAAAGCGACACCGAUUCGGUGACCAGUCAGAACACCGAAGGCAAUCGCGACGGUAGUAACUUCCUCACGAAACCAUACUGGCUGAACGACGACGGUCUGAAGAAGGGUGAAGUGGACGUGCUGUCACUUCACGAGGAGCAGUUCUGGAAGGAUUUGUUGGAGAAGUAUCUCUAUCCGAUCGAUGAAGAUAAGACGGAGAAGGCACGAAUCGCCAAAGAUCUAAAGGACCUACGCGACCAGAGUGUCUUUGCAUUCUUUAUGAUGAACGCCCUCUUCGUCCUGAUCGUCUUUCUGCUGCAAUUGAACAAAGACUUGUUGCACAUCAAGUGGCCAUUCGGUAUCAAGACGAACCUCACGUUUGACCAUAGCACUAUGGAGGCCCGCAUCGCCGGCGAUCUGAUCGAGCUACGCAACAAGAGCGUGUUCGCGUUUCUAAUGUUCAAUGCCUUGUUCGUUCUGAUCGUAUUCUUGCUACAGUUGAACAAGGAUCAGCUGCACGUUGUCUGGCCGCUCGGCGUCAAGACCAACAUCACCUACGUCGAGGAAACCUCGGAGGUACACAUCACGAAAGAGUACUUACAACUCGAGCCAAUCGGUCUUGUGUUCGUCUUCUUCUUCGCGUUGAUAUUGGUCAUACAAUUCACUGCGAUGUUGUUCCAUCGUUUCGGCACGUUAGCUCAUAUCUUGGCCAGCACUAGCUUAGACUGCUGCAAAAAGUCGAAGGAUGUCUCCGAGGAAGCUCUAUUACCAAAACAUGCAGUUGAGAUAGUCAGGGAUCUGCAGAGGCUAGACGGAAUGGAAGGCGACUACGAGGAAGGUAGCGGCAGUGGGCCCGGUAGACGAAAAACGAUCAGGAAUUUGGAGAAGAGUCGCAGGAAAACGCAGGCAAUCAACACGCUGGACGUGGCCUUCAGACAGCGAUUUUUCAGCAUGCACGAAGGCACAGCUUUACCACGCAACAUGUCGACGCGUCGCACGUCGGAGGCGUUCAAGGCCUUCGAGGGCAGGCGCAACAGCAUAAUGGCACUGCGCCGAAAGUCGCAAAUGCAGACUCUGGGCGCGAACAACAUUUAUGGCGUAGCUGGUAAUCCUCUGGGCAUUCAGGGACGGCCGUCUCGCAGCAGUCAGAUAUCCGUGAAGGAUGUUUUCGAGGGGCACGCAGCGGCGGCGGCGGCGGCAGCAGUGGCAGGACACGUGAACAGCGGCUACGAGGGCGACGACAGCCCGGCCAACAGUCUGCGGCUACAGAAUCUCAGCGGCGGUCAAGUCACGUGGCGAGAGGCGAACUCCAAUGUGUGAUUAUCUCUCUUCCUCUCCCCUUUCACACCCCCGCACCGGAUAUCGAUGAAAGAACCGAUAAUUUCAUCGAAGUUAAAGAGAAUUUGUAUGUAGAUUGUCUUAAAAUCAUAUUUUUUAAAAAUGAGAGUUCUUAGACGAUACAUAAUUUCGAUUGUUUCGAGAGAUUUGGAACGAUUUGAAGCUCCUUGCCAGAUAAUCGAGAAAAUUCGUGCGAUUUUUACACCGUAUUGACGCUACAAUAAACUAAUUUGUACAAAUAUAGCCAAAUUCUCAGCGGAAAUCGCAGGAGUUUCCUCGAUUAUCUCAUAAUUGCAUAAUAAUUUAAUUAUAAUUGCAUAAUAAGAGGAACUCGAUGGUGUCCUCUUUCGUGUUCUCCGCACACUUUUUGUAUUUCCCCUAUUUUUAGUACACUUCAUUCAUUAGUUUUCUUCCUCACCAUUCUUAUCGCACUUUCGAUUAUUCGAGUUUCGUAAAAGAAUACAUUCUGCAUCGUAACGUUGAACUACGUACGGCAGGUCUGCUUGUUUUUUUCUUUUAACUGCACUUUUUCUUUCUUCUCUCUUUCGCACUCUUUUAAAUUUUCAAUAUAUAUUUGAAAGUAUAUACUUUUGUAUACAUAUAUUUUAUUUUAAUAAUUGCAGAAAGUAUAAUGCAGUUAAGAGAAACAGACCUGAUGUUCGUAUUAUAUUUUAUUUGUAUUAUUAUUUGUAUUACUGCCAGAUGAAUAGGCAGCGACGCGAUGGAUUACGCUUACUCGCUCCAUUUUUCUUAUACAUGUAUGUGAUAAGGCCGAGAUAUUUAUAGUGUAAAUUUGUUUGCGGCAUGAUAUGAUAUGUAUGAAUGCGUGUAUAUGUGAAUUACACGUGUAAAUUAAAGAAUUGUAUGUGCAUAUAAUAGUAAUAAUAAUAGUAAUAUUAAUAAUAAUACCAUACAUAAAUAUGUCGAAAAUUAUAAAUAAAUUUUAUUCAACCUUUGCAGCCUACCGACUAGAUUCAUUAUAAUAAAUAUAUUUAAAUUUUUUU